UCCCCCUCCCUGUACAUGCAGCUGCCGCUUCUACCCCUGGAGAACCCUAACAACCACAGGUCCCUGCCACCCAGCGCUAACGGACAGGAUACCUUGGACCAUAUAAGCACACGCCCGCCCGUCCAUCCCAUCCGGCCACUCGAUCCCCAGGAUAGAUUCUGGUCUGGUCCAGUGUGUGUGUGUGUGAGCGUCUCCCUUCCUCUUUUGAUCGUGUGUGCAGCGUGCGUGUCGAUGGCGCAGCAGGGGCAGGGCGCGGCGACGUCGCUGCCGCCGGGGUUCCGGUUCCACCCGACGGACGAGGAGCUCAUCCUGCACUACCUCCGCAACCGCGCCGCCGCCGCGCCGUGCCCGGUCCCCAUCAUCGCCGACGUUGACAUCUACAAGUUCGAUCCAUGGGACCUCCCUUCCCAGGCGGUGUACGGCGACUGCGAGUGGUACUUCUUCAGCCCGCGGGACCGCAAGUACCCCAACGGCAUCCGCCCCAACCGCGCCGCCGGCUCUGGCUACUGGAAGGCCACCGGCACCGACAAGCCCAUCCACGACGCCGCCACCGGCCAGGGCGUCGGCGUCAAGAAGGCGCUCGUCUUCUACAAGGGCCGCCCGCCCAAGGGCACCAAGACGGCCUGGAUCAUGCACGAGUACCGCCUCGCCGCCGCCGUCAACACCUACAAGCCCAUCAAGUUCCGCAACGUCUCCAUGAGGCUCGAUGACUGGGUGCUCUGCCGGAUCUACAAGAAGACAGGCCUGGCGUCGCCGAUGGUGCCGCCACUCGCCGACUACGACCACAUGGCCAACCACGACGACCUCUCCAGCGGCGGCGCCUUCACCUACGCCACCUGCAGACCCCUGAUCAAGCAGCAGAAUCACCAGCAGCCGCACGCCGGGAGGCUCCCGACGUUCCCGUCCAUCUCCGAGCUGUUCGACGACUACCCGUUCGCGCAGAACUUGGACACCUACGUCGAGCACGGCGCCACCCACCACCUCGCCGUCCACCCCUCCCUGAACCAGCUCCUCCCCGUCGGCGACACUAGGCACGUAGUGGAGCCGUCGUACUACGCGCCGUCGACGUCGUCUCCAGACGCUAGCGGCGGGAGCGCCAGGAAACGCAAGGCGGUGAGCCCGGAAGAACGCGGCACGCACCAACCGUCGGCCAAGAAGCUCAACGGGUCGUGCUUCGAUGCGCCGCCGCAGUCGGCGAAUGGCUGGCAGGCCGUGGCGUCCGUGCUGGGCGGCCUCAACCAUCACAUGCUUCCUCAGUUCUAAGCCUGCUCUUCACGACCCUUCUUCAGGAUCUUCACGUCCGUGAUGGCGCACGUUGGACGAAAAAGAAUUCUUAUAUGACCUGCUUGUACGCUUCAUCUCAGUAGACCCCAUCUAUCAGAUGGCACGUGGCUUUGCAAAUCUCAAAGCAACCAAAGCACCCAACCUUAUGGUCCCCAUCACCAAAUCCUGGUGUUGAUUAGAAUUCCUAUAUGCCAUUUUUUUGAAAGAAAGGGUUUUCCCCGUCCCAUUUUAUUAUAAGUGAGGCACACAGGCCAAGUAGCAGGGCCAAAUUGACAAGAUUUCGGUAUUUUAAGCAACAAAUAGAGCCUACAAGCCAAACAUCAGGAGCCAAUCGUCGACAUGACAAAUUUAGCUAGACUGGCAUCUUGCAAAUCCAACGAUGGGUUGAUAUGGAGCUCUCCUCUUUGCCAAUCCAGAAUCAACAAGCAUCUUUGAAGCAACACA